AUGUCCACACCCACCCGAAGGGUGCAAGAUCUCAAAAGCUCCUCUCUUCUCCAAGGAAUGUAAAUUUCUAGCUGGCAGAAAGCUGUCGCCGUCAAAAACGAAAUUAGGACAUAGCUACAGCAAUACGGGCCUUUUAACUCAAAGGCAAUUAAAUUAAAUGAACCAAUUGGAAUUUUCUGGAGGGUCAGAGUCAUGUGAGAGAGAGGAUGCUUGUAGUAUGAUUAAGAAAACAAACGAACGAACGAACGAACCGAAAUUAAUUUUGUACUUUACUUCUUCAACUCCAAGAAUGUUAUCUUUCUGCAAGUUACUCAUUUUUUUUUCAUUUUUUCUAGGAGCCGCCUCAAGCUUAAACAUGAGACAAAGUUGCAAAAGGUAAAAUUCAAACACCUUAGUUUGCAAUGUGAUUAAAAAAAAUUUAAUCGGAUUUUUGGGCAUCAAAAUGUUUUAUUUGUUAAAGAUCUGCUUAUACUUCUAACUGGCGUUCUUCUAUGGCUUCUUACCCUACUGAUAAGCUUAAUCCUUCACACCCUAACAUCAGUAUGCAUAUUCUCCAUACUGUUCUUCAUAUAUUUCUUAAGGUGCUUACAAGGAGAAAAUGUUUGACAAUUGAAAUUUCUUUAGUUGGUGAUUAUUUCCUUCAUUCUCAUGACCCUGGUGUGUGAUUCAGGAGAGAUAUUGUCUGGAGAAAUUAGAUGCUAAUCACUUGUAGGGGUAACAGGAUUAAAUUAAAAUAUAUUUAUACUUCUAAGAGUUUCUUUUCUGUUUUGUUUUGUUUUUUUUUCCUGUGGAUUCUUACUGAACAAGCUUAAACCCUUGUUUAUAUCAAUAGGAAUAUUUUGAAAAGAAACGACAGCUCAAGAGCAACACCAACAUAGCAAUAUCCCAGAGGGUUAGUAAAGCAACAGCUCGAGCAAGCCAAGAUCUCCUUAGUCUGGAAGUGAUCAUGGCAGCUCACAGGGAGAAGAAGAAGCAGAAAAAAGGUAAUUCCACACAUAAUUUCUAGAGGAGCUAAACUUAUAAUCUAAAAAUCCUUAAUCAAAAGUUGUCAUUGUUGUUGUUUUUAUUUUUAUUUCUUAGAUAAAAGAGGCCGCACCUCAGAGACCAUUGGUCAUACCACCUUCAAGAAAUCUAGUCAAGCACCAUACUUCAGAGAAAGUUCAUUGAAGCAGCCACAGCACAUAUUUCCAGAGCUCUCUCCCAUCAGACCAAAGGUGUCAGCUGUAAAUCUUGAAAAGGUAGUUACAGUCACCACCAGGAUCCAAAUCAAUUCAUUGAGAAUUUUGCCAUCUAAAUGUAAUCAUUUCUCUUGUAGAGUGGGCAAGGCAUUCACCUUCACUCAGAUUUAGAAAAAUCAAGAGGGUAUCUUCAGCAGAAGGUCUUUAUCAACUUUAUGCACUGAUGGAUGUGAAUCAAAAUCUGACAGACAAAUAAUAACAGACCAUGAAGGAAAGUUUUGUUUAAAGGAAAAUGCAUUUCCUCUUGAUCAAACACAUCAAACAUUCUGAAGCUUAAUUACAGUUUUAAAUAAGGUAGCCAUAACUUUUGUCACAUAAGGUAAUAAAUGACUGCAUGUUGAACAGUCAAUUUUGCAAGUUUAUGUUUAAACUUAUCAUUAACUUACUAGUUGUUGAGAUUUUUUUUAAAAAAAUUACGGGUGUUUAAGUGCAAAAUUCCAGAAUUGAGCUUGAAAAAUGUUGAGAUCUCAUUUGUUACAGCUAUAACACACUUUAAAAUUUAAAUUUAUCAUAAAGACCUGGAGCAAAACUUCCAUAUCUGGG